AGUUCAUGGUUAUUGAUUUCUAGUCCCUCAAAUUUCAAAAACACUUUUUUCCCCCACAGUUUCUCUGGAAAAAAAUCGAAACUUUGACGGGAAGCUCCGACCUUCCGGUCUCCAGACUCCUUUCUCCGGUUGAUUCGCCAGCGAGCUGCACUCUUAACGCUGAAAUUAUCGAUAUCCGGUAUUUGAGUGAUAAAUUGGUGUAUGAUGGAGAAAAAUGGAAGUACUUUUGUGGGAUCGAGGCAAUCUGAUUUGAAGAAAUCCUUCAAACUUGCGCUUCGUUCUCUUCUAACAACCUGUUCUAAGGAGGAAUUUGGCAAAGUAUUUUCAAGGUUCACUAUUGCUGAGCAAGAAUGUCUCCACCGGCUCUUUGUUCAGGUCAUUACAUCGUUGCAUGAAAGUAUGGAGGAAGAGUUCGAGUCUUUGUUCCUCGAAACACAGGUCGGACCUGCUCUCAAUACUGUGGAGCAACUUGUGGAAAAGCAAGCUCUGGAUCCUUUGUUUUCAGAAAAGACUAACUUCAUUGAUGUUGCACGUGAUCUAUCCAUGGCAAAGAAGAAUGAGAUCCAUUAUCUGGAGAGUAUGCUGAAUAGGGCAAUGGAACAGAAGCGCAUCAUCGAGGCUCAGAUCAUUGAACUGAAGAACGGAAGGAAUGAUGUCCCAAAGGCAGUAGAUAUUGAGAAGCUGAGAAGCGCAGUUGCAAGUUACGGGACAUGCUGUAAUGGGAUUCAAGGUCCAUGAUGGAAUUAGGAAUAUACACCCAUUUCAAGUGCUUUCCUAUUCUUGUGAUGUGCAUUUAGCGUGUAUGGGAGUCCUUGUAUAAUUCUGAAGGAAUGCAUUCUCAUGACUGGACCAAUAUAUUCUUCAAUUCUGUUUGUUGCUUUGUUGAAACAUGAUAUCAACUCAUAAUUGCUUUUAUCUGCAUUAUGGGUUUCAUGCUGAUUGGGGAUUCUUAUUGCUUUGGUUCUACAAGUUAGUGAUAA